CGAAUCCGAUUUGGGAGAGAAGCGCGUCGCGUCGCGUGGCGUGCCACACCAUAUAAUCCCAGCCCACCCAGCUAGCCCCAGAGAGGCACCGAGAUCCCUCCUCGGCCAGAGCCAGGCACAAGCCGGAAUCUCUGCUGCGAUCCCAUCCCAUGGCACUCACGGAAGCCAAGAAACCGACUUCUGCCGACUCUGCCGGUGAAGACAGCAGCAGCUCCUCCAUGGCUCUGGCAGAGCCCGGCGGCGCGAGCGAAGCUGAGCCGCUGGGCCCGUCCGUCUACUUCAGCCCGACGCGGGAGGAGUGCCUGUUGCUCCUCGACCGGUGGAUCGGCGGCGACGACGACAUGGCCGACGCGCGGGGGCUCGUCUCCCAGACCAACUUCUACAGCGUCAGCCCCGACGCGCUGCGGCGGCUGCACCCGCCGGCGACCGCCCGCGACGACCAGCGCGCCUGGUGGUUCCUGAGCGAGACCAAGCCCCAGACCACGCGCGCGGGCGGGGGCGCCAAGCGCGCCGACCGCAGGGUCGACACCGGCGGGCACUGGCGGCCGGAGGAGCGCCGCAAGGAGGAGCAGGGCGACGCCGGGAACUGCUUCGCCUUCUACUCCGGCCCGUCCAAGAAGGGGAGGACGCCGUGGCGCGUGCAGGAGCUCACCAGCGACAAGGGCAAGAAGAAGGGCGCGUACGCGCUCUACAGGCUCUACCUGUCGCGGCGCGCCAGCGAGGAGGAGCUGAGGGCAGUCUACGGGGACGACGGCGUGCCGGCUGGGAGCGAGAGGCCUGCCCGAGCCACCGUGCCGGCUGAGUGCUUCGACGCCGUCGCCGCGCUGCUGCCGCCGGGGAGUGUUCGUGGUGGUCUCGGGCCACAGGCGUCGCAGCAGCCUGAUGAGCUCGCGGUUGAAGAAGGGUGCUUGAUUACGUUGACAGGAUUAGACUGAGCUGAGAGAUCGAUUGAUCUGCUAGAGAGACGAUUCUUUGGUUAAUUUCAUUAUUUGUUUGGGGCGAUUCUUGCAUUUAGCUUAA